AUGAGCUUAGCUACCGUCGACGACCCAACGCGUGAAGAGCUCCAACUAUUGGCGACAUCGGAGACGGAUGAAUUAGCCACUACCCUCUAUGACACCAUCCACAACUCUCUCAUCUUGAGACACAUUAUUCCCUAUUUGCCCUUGUCGAGUGUCCUGAGCCUCGCUGCUACAAGCCGAGCUUUCCGAGCCCUCAUCCGAGAGACCCCAGGAGUUUUCCGCCAUCUUGAUUUAUCUCACAUCAAGGCAGUCCAGUUUGAGAUUGACAAGAUCGAUCAUGGAGGCGAGGUCUGGCGCAAUGUUCAGCUAGAUGAAAACCUCACCGAAGAUGACUUCUACUCCGGCCCGCUGAGGGGCAUCUUUUCAACCCUUCGGCGACAGAGCAUUCUGCAGAAUGUUCAGACUCUGGUUCUUGACGGACUCUCCGUGACUUCGGAGCUCUGUCAUGAAAUUAUCAAUGAUGCCAGCUUCAACGUUCGCGUCUUGUCCAUUCGUGAAGUCAAGAACCUGAACCAUGGCAAGCUCCGCCAAACACUUCAGUAUGCUUGUCGCCCAACCCGGCGAGCCGGCUCCCCUAGUCUCAAGGCGCUCUACGUCUUUGGCCCCAGGGACUGGAACCAAAAGAGCCAGAUGGCUCUGGCAUCCUCGCUGCAGAACCAAGGCGAUGCUUGGUGGAACAAGAAGGGCCGCAUCCUGCCUCGGUCUGUCAGCCAGGAGUGGGCCAACUGCAUGCUCGCCUGUCAGGGCAUCAUAGCCUUCGAUGCCGUACUCUGCCGUGGGUCACGACACCGAAAUUCUCCGGCCUACAAGGGCGGAUCGGAUCUUGAUAGCGCUCCCGCUGUGGCUACUCAUGCUCUCCUUGGCUGUGAGAGCUGCCACGACGCCCCCGAAGGCCUCACUCGUCCGAACAGUGGUGCAGUCGCCAACUUACCGCUGCUAGCACCGCUGCCUCUCUUUUCUUCGGCCCUUAAGGCGGCAGUCAACCCCAGAGAGCCAUAUAGCUCUUUCGUGCCCAGAUGUAUGGACUGUAUCCGCGAGCGAUAUUGCACUAGCUGCAACAAAUGGUGGUGCGAAUCGUGCUAUACGCUUCCCGGCCAGAGAUUCGGGGGCCAUUUUGAGACACAGCCACGAGUGUCGAAGAGCUGCUGGGAAUGCGGCAACAAUUGCGACGACUGCAUUAACCUUACCCAGAGGGUGUGCAAAAAGUGCUGUGCUGGAUACUGCACCACUCACAAUGAAGGAUGUUCGAUGAACCACGUAAGGUGCGUGUCUCGUGGUCGAGGCCUGGGCCGUCUUUGA